AUGCCUCCAACCCAGGACUACCACCCGCCGCCCCAGCAGCAGCAGCAGCAGCAGCAGCAGCAGCAGCAGCAGCAACAACAACAGCCUCCUCCCCAGCCCCAGCAGCGGACCGAUCAUCUGAUAGGCGUCAGCCAUACAAAAGAUGGCCGCCGCUACUCGUUGUCGGUCGAGCAGCAGCCCGUCCGCGCGCGCAUGUGCGGCUUCGGCGACAAGGACCGUCGCCCCAUCACCCCGCCUCCCUGCGUGCGCCUGAUCGUCAUCGAUGCCCAGACCAACAAGGAGAUACCCUACGAAGAGGUCGAUUCCACCUUCUUCGUCCUCACCGUCGAUCUGUGGUCCAUGGACGGCAUGAACGAGGUCAACCUCGUACGCGCCUCGUCGGGCGCCCCCACCGUAUCCAUUUCGACCAGCACUUUGACCUCGUUUCCGCCAACCGUCGACCGUCCCUGGCAAGAUCCCGGCCCGUAUGCCGUCAACCAGAUGCGCGGAUCCUACUCUGCUCCCGUCCCGCAAUAUGGCAUGUCCGCCGGGCCGCCCUUGACCCAGAUGGGCGGGUAUUAUCCGCAUGGACCUACGGGUCCCGUCACUCCGCAAGCCAUUCAAUAUCAGAAUUAUCCUCAGGCCAUCGCCCCGCCCGGCUAUGCCAUGACGGCCAGUCAAAGUAUGGGUGCUCAAAAUAUGGCGGUGAUGCCUCCAGUGCCUGCUGCGCCCGCCAGCGCGACUGGCAUGUUUACUCGUAACCUCAUUGGUAGUUUAAGCGUCAAUGCCUUUCGCCUGCAAGAUCCUCAUGGCCGUCCCGGGUUUUGGUUUGUGCUGCAAGAUCUCUCGGUGCGCACCGAGGGCAUGUUCCGCCUCAAGAUGAACUUUGUCGACGUGGGUGCUGGUAACGGCACCAACUCUCUCAACACGGGCAAGGCGUCGGUUCUCGCGUCGACCUUUAGCGAACCCUUCCAAGUGUACAGCGCCAAGAAGUUCCCGGGCGUGAUCGAGAGCACUGUGCUCAGCAAAUGCUUUGCGACGCAAGGAAUCAAGAUACCGAUUCGCAAAGAUGGGCCCAAGCACGAGAGAUCAGAGUAUGAAAAUGACGAAUAA